AAGAGAGAGGGAGGCAAGAGGUGGAGGAACGGGUGGUCAAGAAAUCAAGGGGUAGUCUAAUCUACUGAGACAACCAAGCGAGGGGUUUCUUUCCAUUAAUGAUUUUCACGGGGCUUUGCUGUUUAUUCUGAAGCAGAGCGAGCGGGGAACCAUUCACUCUUCCUGACGCGUAAGGCUGCCCUUACACGCCUUUGGGCAUCACCGCCGAUACAGGAUGAUAGGCUUGAUCAUAUCGUAAAUUGAUAGCAAAGUAGCCUUACAUUCCACAGUGAAGAAGGAGGAGGAGGCAAACUAUGAUCCGAGGAUGAUUUCGGCUAAGAAAACUCCGGAGAAGAGUCGUUAUCCUAUCCACUAUUUGGUGUGGCACAACAAACACCGACAGCUGGAGAAAGAGCUGGCAACGAACGAGCAGACUGAUUUAGAGUUCCUGGACCCUCGGGGUCGGACUCCUCUCCACCUGGCUGUCACACUGGGCCACCUGGACUGCGCCCGGGUCCUGCUGCAGCACGGAGCUGACGUUAGCAAGGAGAACCGCAAUGGAUGGACUGUUCUUCAGGAGGCUGUGAGUACCAGAGAUCCGGAGUUGGUGCGUCUCGUGCUUCGUUACCGUGACUACCAGAGGACUGCCAAGAGACUGGCGGGCAUCCCCGUCCUGCUGGAGCGUCUGCGCCAAGCCCAGGACUUCUAUGUGGAGAUGAAGUGGGAGUUUACCAGCUGGGUGCCCCUGGUGUCUCGUAUCUGUCCCAGCGACACAUACAGAGUUUGGAAGAGUGGUCAGUGUCUCCGCGUUGACACCACCCUGAUGGGUUUUGAACAGAUGACCUGGCAAAGAGGAAACCGGAGCUUCAUUUUCAGGGGACAAGACUCUAGUGCAGAGGUGAUGGAGGUCGACCAUGACAGGCAGCUGGUGUUCUGCGAGACCUUGUGCGUCUCGUCUCUCACGGCACUCUCACCAGGCCGGGGGAAUGGCGGUGCCUCCAGCAGCAACGCCGCCGGUUUGGGCCUUCUGGGGGCGAUGCAGCCCAGCGACGAGCAGGUAGCAGCCCGGCUGUCUGCCCCUGUGGUGACCACUCAGCUGGACACCCGCAACAUCGCCUUCGAGAGGAAUAAGACGGGUAUAUUGGGCUGGAGGAGUGAGAAGACGGAGACGGUGAAUGGAUAUGAAGCCAAGGUGUACGCAGCAUCCAACGUAGAGCUGAUCACCAGGACCAGAACAGACCAUCUGUCAGACCAGAACAAGAACAAGACAAAAGGUGGGAAGACUCCACUGCAGAACUUCCUUGGGAUUGCUGAACAGCACAUGGGGCCUAACAACGGGGCCCUGGUGACCCAGAUGUCAUGUCCUGUGGUGACCAACCCCGCAGCGCUGACGGCCGAGGAAUACUUCAACCCCGGCUCAUCACCGACUCAGAGGGACAUCGGCCACGCGUGUCAGCUUACUACCAAGACCCAGAGGUUUAAAGCCAAAUUGUGGUUGUGCGAGUCCCAUCCUCUGUCCCUGGCAGAACAAGUGGUGCCUAUCAUCGAUCUCAUGGCAAUCUCGAACGCCCUGUUCGCCAAGCUGCGUGACUUCAUCACUCUGCGCUUGCCGCCUGGCUUCCCUGUCAAGAUUGAGAUCCCUCUCUACCACAUCCUGAACGCCAGGAUCACCUUCAGCAACCUGAACGGAUGCGAGGAGGGGACGGGCGGCCGUGCUGACAACGAAGUAGUGGUGGAGGGGGAUGGACAGAGGGACCCACCGAUGACAGACACCCCAUCUCCGGGCAGUGACUCCUCCAGCGUCUCCAGCUCCAGCUCUACCAUGUCAUGUCGAGCCGGAGAGAUUCCCCCAUGUGUGUUUGAGGCCCCGCCGGGAUACACCAUGCUAGGAGGCAAACAGAGAGACAGCAUGAGGGAGGAGGAGGAGGACCUGCUGCAGUUCGCCAUACAGCAGAGUCUGCUGGAAGCCGGCUCCGAAUAUGAUCAGGUGACCAUCUGGGAAGCACUGACCAAUAGCAAGCCAGGAACACACCCUCUGCCCUGUGACCCAAGUCGUCUAGACAGGACCCCCCAGCACAAGCCCCGCCCCCCCUCCAGCCUCUGCUCCACGCCCUCCAAGAAGAAGCCCACCACCUGCAGCUACGACGAGCAGCUGCGCAUCGCCAUGGAGAUCUCAGCUCGGGAGCAGGAAGAAGCGGAGCUUCGGCGGCGGCAGGAGGAGGAGGAGCUACAGCGCAUUAUCCAGCUGUCACUCAUGGAGAAAUGAGGGCUGAGUGUCCCAGCAGGGGUCUGGAGGGAGGGGUCUGGACUGAGGACACAUGAGAGGAAAGGGCAGCACAGGCCACUUUAAAACUUAAAGCACACUCUGUAAGUGGCUGGAAAUAAACGCCAAAAUCACCUUAGUGGUUUCAUAUGAUCAAAUGGUCUCCUUUCUCUCCCAUCGCCUCAGCCAGACUUUUCCCAUGAAGCCAUACGGCGAUGCGGCUGUCCGGCCAGCCAGAGAGGAAUGUCAGUUUCCUCUUUCUGGUGCCACAUGGUACUUUUUUGACCAGUGCCAGUUUACAACCAACAAUACAUCCAAUACAGCAAGUUUAGUGGAAUGCCACCUUGGAUGAGUGAUUUCUGUCUGUUUGCAGGUGUGUGUAUCUGUGUGUGUGUUUUUCAAAAACCAGCUCUCCGCACAGGGGGUCAACAGAUCACCUGCCGUCCUGAAAAACGUAAUGUGUUAGGCCAACUGUCUGCUGCAGCACUAACGCACACGCUCACUGAGUCCUCUUGCCACUGAGACGUGUGGUUUUCAGUCUUGACUGUGAUAAAAAAAAAUAAUAACCUAAAAAACAGCUUGUGUCAACGGAGCAGUGACAAGCCGGGACCAGCAGUGUGGCGAAUACUGUAACCUUCGCCAUAAAAGGUUUGUCAAGGCGAGUUGAAUGUCGAAAAAACCAUCAGACUUCCUCAGUUUUUAAUGAAAAAAAAAAAACGACUCAGACAUUCUAUUUGAUUUGCACAAAAUUCAGAUGUACUGUAUUUAGCUUGUGGGUGGAUCACAUAUAUGACUGUUAAUGGAUGUAGAUGCACAGACUAAACUCAGGCCAGUUCUAGUUUUAGCCUGACAUUAGAAUGCAGGAGCACAGAUACAAUGGGAUGUGAUGAAGACUUGGUGUACUAACUAACCUGUAUGUUACUGUGAAUGAGUUUGUGGCAAGGCCUGUGUGUACUAGUAAAGGGACAAGAUAGUGAUUUAGUUAAGUGGAAUACAAAUGUAACUGAAAGAAAUUGUUCUGUAUAUUUGCAUCUUCUCACCUUAAAAUGAGCGGAUGGUUUCUGUAUUUCUGUGUAGUCACGGUACAGUAUGUGUACAAUGUUUCAGCAUGGUCUGCACCCGCGUGAGGUCUAUUUUGUCCAACUUGAGUCUAGCCCAGAGACCUGCAAUAUCAAAGCACACUCGUUGAGGGAAAGUGUACCCUUGUAGAAUCACUGUAGAGACUAUUGACUGCAAUUCUAGGUUUUAUCCCACCCCUACAGCAAGACAAAAGCAAAUAUAAAAUCGCCCCAAUAAAACAACAAAUGUGGAGUAUUCAGUUAUUGGAUUGGAAAGAUUGUUCAAAUCCUGGCUCUCAUUAUUGUAAGUAACUUCAUAUUGCAGGGCUCAAGGCAAGCCAAACACCUUGAAACAUGUUUUGUUGCAAAGUGGAAGGACAGACAGGGACAGCUUGUUUUUGUCAUUGUCUGUUUUUAUUAUUUCUUAGAAAUAAAUGUAAAACUUUCACACUCGAUAUCAGCACAAACUGAGGAGAACCACCUCUGGCUCCUCUCCAAUUCAUAAUUAAGCUUGCCUGGUUGAUAAGAAAAAUUGUUUUUUUGUUUUUUUUUUACUUUUUAAAAAAUGUUGCACAGCAAGAUGUUUUCAUGGUGUAUGCUGGGAAGUGUGUUCAGAAAAUAGACUCAAAUAAAGGAACAUCUUUUGGAACA